AUGGCGUACCAGAUUGAGCCCGCCGUCGAGGCCGACGCGCCAGCCCUUGCCCACAUCAAUGUCGUCAGCUUCCAGGGCCGUGGGCUGCUAAACCAAGUCUUCCCUGAGGCCACUGAGUCCAUGCUGGAAGCGUAUAAAUCGGUCUACACUAUGAAGCACUUUUCGAAUCCGCAGAUACAUGUGCUCAAGGUCGUUGACUCGAUGACCCAGGAGGUUAUCGGCUAUGGCCGCUGGCUGGUCCCCGCGUCUCUCGGACUUCUCCCGAGUGCUCCCGUCUUGAGUGAACAAGCACAGGAGGUCGCAAAGGAUCCCCUGCGGUUGGCGCCGCGACCGAUGAACGAGGCGCUCUAUAUGAAAUUCCGGGGUAUGUUGGAGACGUCCCGUCAGAAACACGCCCGCGAGUCAGACAUCACUCUCGACCUCUUGGCCACACUACCGACCCAUCAAGGGCGUGGAAUUGGCUCGGCUCUGCUGCGCUGGGGCACCGCGAAAGCCGAUCAAUGGCAAGUGCGCAUCUACUUGGAGGCGACAGGAGAAGGGUAUCCGCUAUAUAUCAAGCACGGAUGGAGGCCCGUCGAGGAAAUCCAAUUGGAUCGCACGCAGUUUGGCGCUGCGGGACAGGAGACAUUUUGGAUAAUGAUUCGCGAUCCUAUUCCUCCUAGCCAAUGA